GUUUUUUUUUUUCUUGUUGACAACGAAGACCUUGGACGUUCCAUUUCAACUGUUAUUGUUUUACUGUUUACUAUUUUGCAGAAGGUUCCAAUAUGAAGGCACUUAUCAUAGAAAAGUCAGAUGCACAGCCGACAUAUCACCUUGCCAAAGUCGUAGAUAUACCAAAGCCUGAAACUCUUGAGAACAACCAGGCGCUAUUAGAAAUCAAUGCAGUCUCGUUAAACCAUCGUGAGCUCUGGAUCAGAAAGGGACAAUAUCCAGGAAUUGUGUUUGGCUCUGUCAUGGGCGCCGAUUGUGUUGGCAAGGUUGCCGACAUUAAGGGUAGCUCUCCUAAGAACCUCCAAAUCGGUGACCGUGUUGUGGUGAUGCCUUCUGUGGGUUGGGACAAGGAUCCUCGUGGACCUGAAGAAGCGUACUAUAUCCUUGGAGGAAGCCAUGCUGGAGGUGUGUUUUCCGAGUACUUUGUAGCAGAUCAAGAAAACAUCUUUAAGGCACCUGAUCACUUGUCGGAUGAAGAAGCUGCUGCUUUGCCAUUGGCCGGCUUGACAGCCUUCCGUGCUGUGUUUACAAAAGGUCAAGUUGCUCAGGACCAAAUUGUGUUGAUCACUGGGAUUGGCGGAGGUGUUGCACUACAAGCACUGAUGUUUGCUAUAGCAAUCGGUGCCAAAGUGUUUGUCACUUCAUCGAGUGAUGAAAAAAUAGCCAAGGCUGUCCGUCUUGGUGCUGCAGGAGGCGUUAAUUAUAAAGACCCCAAAUGGGGCCAAGCCUUACUAAAUUUGACUGGAGGAGUACUGUUUGAUGCAGUAAUUGAUGGUGCUGGAGGAGACGGUCCCAAAACGUUCACAAGGAUUCUGAGAUUGGGAGGUAUCAUUGUCUCGUAUGGCAUGACUGUCAAACCUCAGGUCGACUACACUAUGGCCGCUGUCCUACGAAACAUUGAAAUCCGUGGAAGCACAAUGGGAUCGCGUCUAGAGUUCCAACAGAUGUUGGAGUUUGUAUCAAAGCAUAAGCUGAGGCCAAUUGUAAGCCAAGUCUGGCGUGGGCUUGAACUCUCUGAGCACGCGUUUGAAGCGAUGAAGACAGGUAGCCAGUUCGGAAAGCUUGUUGUGUCCGUCAAGAACCCAUCCAGACUUUAGACAAAGAGGCCUUUUGUUCACCCAAAUAUAAAAAAAAAAAAAAAAAAAAAAAA